AUGUCUACGUGUGCAAUGAUCUUUAGUCUCACAUUCGUUAGACACGUUUUCUGUCAACCUAGUCCGAGACAGCAUCGUCACGUUGAACACGAUGCGUCACCUCUUCUCAUUUUGAAUUGCACACGACCUCACCGUCAGUCGAUCGUCCGCUGUUCCAGGACUAAGUACUGUUCCAGUCCUCUAAAGUAUUCUAAAGCGUCCGUCACAGUAAGUAAAGUAACAAUGUCCGGAGUAAUACAGCAGUUUCCGGCAGAGAAAGAGUACGAGAAGAAUCCCGACAUCAGCCCAGAGGACAUCAGGAAGCUGAGGGAGUGGAUGAAGACUCAGCCACAUCUACCGGAACAGCACUGGACAGAUUUGGAUCUUAUAAUCGCCUACCAUUGUUGUGAAUGUAGUACAGAGGUCGCUAAACAGGUCAUUGACCUACACAUCUCCUCGAGGACAUUGCUCAAAGAAUUGUUCCAUGAUAGAGUUAUUGAUAAAAGAAUUAUAGACACGCUCCAUGUUGCUCUUCUUGCUCCAUUGCCAACACCGACCGUCCACGGCUACCGAGCUAUGUACUGCCGCCUCCUUGACGGAGAUUACAGGAAGUACAACCUCACUGAUAUGGUCAGAACCUUCAUGGCUGUCUUUGACCUCUGGCAAUAUGAAGAAGGAACCUGGCCAGGAUUUGUGAUAAUAAUAGACAUGGACUUGGUAUCUGUGAGUCAUGUAACCAAAUUAGAUGUAACGACAAUUCGGAACACGCUUUACUUCCUGCAGGAGUGCAUGUUGGCGAAGGUGAAAGAGGUACAUUUUACAAACGCUCCGCCUUUUAUGGACAGAGUGCUCAUGCUGUUGAAGCCUUUCAUAGCGAAUGAUUUGAUCCACAUUCUUCAUGUUCACGAAAAGAAAUCAGAUGUUCUAUUUGAGUAUGUGCCAAAGGAAUCCUUCCCUGAGGAAUGCGGCGGAAACUACAUGAAAUUAGAAUCAUUAAGAGAUCUUCACAUCCGUCGUCUGCAAGACAACAAAGAAUUCUUCGUGAGAGAAAAUCUGCGGCGAGUGGACGAAUCGCUACGGCCGAACGGCAAAACCAAAACUAUUGAGGACGUCUUCGGCAUUCAAGGCAGCUUCAAGAAAUUAGAUAUAGAUUAGAUGUGAACGGAUAGUUGUUCGCACAGAUCUCCUUAUUUCCGGUAAAAAUCCAAUUGCUAAUGAUAUUGAGUUUUUUGUUUAAGUCGUCAUGAAUUAAGGUCAGUAUUUUAUAUAUGUCAUGGUCCAUAAAUUUGAGCUAAUGCUCGCAGCUGCCAUGACCAACUAGGCCUACUGUCUACGAUAUAUCUGUUUACAAUAAAAGCCUCUUUUUGUGUAGGGUCUCUUUUUAAUUUGGCGUAAGGAACAAAACUGAGUCGCUGCUGAAAUAUGCUCUAUUUGGUGUUCACAAAAAUUUUAAAAUUUAAUUUGACUUCAAAUAAAUGAAACAAACAUUUUUGAAAUAAUUUAAUAAAUCAAGUGUCCAUAAGUAA